AUGGUCUUCAUCCGAACCAACGACACUAACCUUCAGUUGUGCACAAUCGGUAGAGCUCUCGCACUUACCGCGUUCGUGGCCAGCCCUUCUGUCUGCGGGCUCAGGCUGCUAACACCCACUGGAGCCUAUCCCGGCGGGGUCGUUGAAGAGAGUUGGGUGUCUGAGCCCUCUGAUCCUGCGACCUUCUCUCUCCUCCUCUCGAAUCUGAACACGCACGAUACAUACGCCCUCGUCGCAUCCGUCAUUACUUCUGCGGGACAUGUGUACUUCACCACCCCCGACGUGCCGUCCUCGCUUGACUACGUGCUAGAAGCGGUGAAUGUCACGAACGACAACGUGGUGUACUCAACAACCGACCCUUUCGUGAUCUCAUGA